AUGGAAACACCAGAGUUUCCUCCCACAACCACUGUAAUCUUAAUCCUUUCAAGAUUACAGUGGCUGCAACAGGGUGAUGCUAAUACUCGGCUGUUUCAUCGAAGCCUUCAGAGUAGGAGGAAGCAAAAUACUGUUUUGGCUCUUCGUGACACAUCUGGGAAUUGGAUUAAGGUCAAAGCUAAUAUCAUUGAGGAAGGUCUGAUUCUUUCUUAUAGUGAUAUUCAGACUUUGCUUCAGCCUUUUGAGAAGGAAGAGGUUCGUGAAGCUAUUUUUAGUAUCCCUCAUGCUAAAGCUCUGGGUUCGGAUGGUUUUAAUAGUGCUUUCUUUCAAAAGCAUUGGGAUCUUAUUGGUGAUGAGGUUAGUGGUGCUAUUCUUUCUUUCUUAGAGAAUGGUAAGUUGUUAAAGGAACUUAAUGCAACCAUUAUCACUCUUAUUCCUAAAGUUGUUUGUCCUGAACAUGUUAGUGAUUUUCAGCCUAUUUCUUGUUGUAAUACCUUAUAUAAGGUGAUUUCGAAGCUUCUUUACAGUAGGUUGAGGGAGGUGUUGCAUUCUUUAGUUGCUGAAACGCAGAGUGGUUUUAUUAAAGGUAGAUCCAUUGGUCAAAAUGUGUUGAUCUGUCAGGAUUUGUUAAAGCAUUAUGGGAGAAGAAAUUGCAAACCAAGUUGUAUAAUGAAGAUGGAUAUUAGGAAGGCGUUCGAUACCUUGGAUUGGGAUUUUCUAGAGGAAAUGAUGAAGGCUUUCGGCUUUCCUAGUAAAAUCUUACAACUGAUCAUGGUGUGUGUGAAAACUCCCAAAUUCUCACUUAUGAUUAAUGGUAAUCUUCAUGGUUUUUUUAGUUCUAAUCGGGGUUUGAGACAAGGUGACCCGAUUUCACCGUUACUCUUUGUGCUGUGUAUGGAGUAUUUGAAUAGAAUAUUGAAGAAGGUGUCUAGGAAUGAGAAAUUUAGAUUCCAUGAUAGAUGUGAAGAUUUUCAACUCACUCAUAUGUCUUCGGGGCUUCAAAUUAAUUCUACCAAAACAGAGAUUAUCUGUAGAGGUAUGGAGGAAGAAGUGGUUCAAAGGGUGAUUCAGGUAUCUAAAUUUAAAGAAGGGAAAUUUCCUUUUAAGUAUCUUGGUAUUCCUAUUAAUGCCAAGGGUAUUUCAGCCAGAGAUUGUGAUACUCUUAUUGAUAAGAUGAGAGUGAAUGCUAUAUGCAGGGCUUUCUUAUGGAAAGGAGUUUCAGAUUAUGAUGGAGCUGGUAAUGUGGCCUUGGAGGAUGUGUGCAAGAGUAAAGAUCAAGGGGGUUUGACUAUAAAGGACGUUGAGAUGUGGAAUAUUGCUGCUAUAGGUCAGUAUGCUUGGGCAGUGGCUAAGAAUAAAGAGAGUCUCUGGGUUAAAUGGGUUCAUUCUGUUUAUCUUAAAGACUUAUCUUGGUGGGAUUAUGAGGCUUCAGUUAAUACUAGCUGGCAGUGGAGGAAAAUAGUGGCUGUGAAGAAUAAGUUGAAGAGUGUUUUUACUUUUCAAUCUUUCUGUGAAUUUGAUUACAGUAUCAACAAGGUUUAUUGGAAAUUGAAAAGGUAUGAUUACUCAGUGAAGCUGUCUUGGACUCGUGUUGUUUGGAGUGAGGAAAAUAUUCCUAAGCACUCUUUUAUCAUUUGGCUUGCUUACAUUAAUCGUCUUAGGACCAGGAGAAGGCUUUAUCAGUUUGGAGUUAUUGAGGAUUCUUCCUGUUUGAUCUGUGGGCAGGGGGAAGAAGAUAUAAACCAUAUCUUUUUUUGCUGCUAUUAUAGUAGAAAUUGUUUGACUCAAAUCCUAAAUUGGUUAGGGUGGCAUAUAAAUGCUAGUCAUUUGAAUGGUUUGAUUAGAUGGUUGACUAAUGCUAAAGGAAUUUCUCAGACCAGGAAAGGUGUGUUCUCCAUGGCUUUGGCUGCUUUGGUUUACCAAAUUUGGAAGGUGAGGAAUAUUGUUCUUUGGGAGUAUAAAGUUGUGAAUUUGCAAUGUACAGUUAGACAUAUUAAAAGAGAAAUUUUAGAUAGAAGUCAUAUUUUUUUACACAGUAAAAAGAUUACUGGUAUAGAUAGGAGAUGGAUUGGGUUGUUAAUUGUAUAG